AUGAAUAGGUUUACUUCUACUGCAACAAUUGAUCAAUCAACAGAAAGAUCAUUAGAUUUGACAGAAAAUACGGAUAUCUCAAUUACAGCAACACCCGGUACACCAAAUUUCAGAUCAAGUGAAGAUGAUACUACAAUUGAGAUUAUAAGGGAUACACAAUCUUACGAAGAAUCACAAAGUACUCCAUUUGUAGACGAAGUGAUGACAUCAACCAAUCCACCAAAAAAUAGAUGGAGAAUUAUAGCAUGUCUUUUAUUCAAUUUUACUUUGGGAUUUAGUGAUGCAGCACCAGGUGCCCUUUUGCCAUAUAUUGAAUCUUUCUAUAGUAUUAAUUAUGCAAUUACUUCAUGUAUUUGGGUAAGUAAUGCUGUUGGGUUUAUUUUAGUUGCUUCUAUAUCUCAUAAGAUUCAAUGGUUAGGAAAGCGGUACAGUUUUCUUGUUGGUACAAUUUUAAGUUGUAUAAUGUACGCGAUUGUAUCUAGUGGCACGUACUUCCCUAUAAUUGUUGUUGGUUUCUUUUUUGGAGGUUGUGGAUCAGCGAUAGUUGCUGCUCAAUGUAAUGUAUUUUUAAGUAGAUUAGAUAAACAAUCCAAGUAUUUAGCAUUUUAUCAUGGGACUUAUGGUGUUGGUGCAACUGUAUCUCCUUUGGUAGCUACUAGUAUGGUUAAUAAGGGUAUAAAAUGGCAUUUUUUUUAUUUGAUUUUGUUAGGAUUGAUGCUUUUAACUUUGGGUAAUUUAUUCAUGUCGUUUGAAACUGCUGAUGAAGAUUUGCAAAAAUGGUAUAUUGAAGAUGAUCAAUCGCCAAACAUCGAGUUAAAUGACUUGAACUCAUUGAGAAAUUCAUCAACCACUACUCAAAAACUGGACAUGAUAUUAGCUUUGAAAAAUCACAUUACAUGGUUAAUUGCAUUUUUUUGUUUAUUUUAUCAAGGUGCAGAAGUUUCAUUAGCUGGUUGGAUAGUUACAUUUUUGUUAGAUUAUAGACAUUCAAACCAUAAGACAACCGGGUAUAUUGCUUCGGGACUUUGGGCUGGUUUAACUAUUGGUAGAUUAUUAUUAACUCAACCUAUACAUAAAUUUAUUGGAAUCAAGAGAGGUGUGUUGAUUAUUUCUGUGGUGUCUAUAAUUUUAGUUGGUUUGACUUGGGGUAUACCAGUAAUCAUAGCAGAAGCUACAUUAGUUUCAGUAGCUGGUAUAUUCAUUGGUCCAAAUUAUCCCCUUUUAGUGACUUAUGGAACACAACCAGGUCUUAUACCCAGAAAAAUUCAAUUAGUUUCAUUAACUAUAAUGACAGCAUUUGGAUCUUCUGGAGGUGCUUUAUUUCCAUUUUUGACUGGGUUAUUAUCUCAAAGAUUUGGAACUUUUGUUGUCUUACCUAUUUUUAUUACAUUGUAUUGUUUGAUGACUUUACUUUGGGUUAUGUUACCUAAUAUUGAGAGACAGAAUAAAGAGACUAGAAGUAAUUUCGGAUUUUGGGAAAGAAUUUGGUAA